AGUAUCAAGGGAAAGGAAGCUGAGAUUCAACUUAGCGAUGGGAAUAAGGUUGGUUCUAGUUUGUCAAAGUUACACCCCAAGGAUGAAGAUGCUCCAGCUAAUGGUGUUGAUGACAUGACCAAGCUUGCAUAUUUGCAUGAGCCGGGAGUGUUGUAUAAUCUGAAAAAUAGAUAUGACAUCAAUGAAAUAUAUACUUAUACCGGAAAUAUUCUUAUUGCCAUCAAUCCCUUCAAAAAUAUUGAAGACCUGUAUGAUGUCAACGUCAUGAAACGUUACAAGGGAGCAGCAGUUGGAGAUUUAAGCCCACAUGUUUUUGCUAUUGCUGAAGCAGCAUAUAGAGCAAUGAUUAAUGAGGAGAAGAACAACUCUAUUCUGGUUAGUGGUGAGAGUGGUGCUGGUAAGACAGAAACGACCAAAAUGAUUAUGCAGUACCUGGCAUUUUUGGGUGGUCAUAAUGCUUCUGAAGGGCGAACUGUUGAAAAACAAGUUCUAGAAUCAAACCCAGUUCUUGAAGCAUUUGGUAAUGCAAAGACAGUAAAAAAUUCCAAUUCUAGCCGUUUUGGAAAAUUUGUUGAGAUUCAAUUUGAUAAGCAUGGACGAAUAUCCGGUGCAGCCAUUAGAACUUAUCUACUAGAGAGAUCACGUGUAUGCCAAAUCUCGGAUCCUGAGCGUAAUUAUCACUGUUUUUACCUGCUUUGUGCUUCACCUCCUGAGGACAAAGAGAAAUAUAAGUUGGGAGACCCUAAAUCAUUUCACUACCUUAAUCAAUCCAAUUGCUAUGAAUUAGUUGGUAUUAAUGCAGCUCAAGAGUAUCUUAGCACCAAGAGAGCCAUGGAAGUUGUGGGAAUAAAUCAAGAAGAGCAGGAAGCAAUCUUCAGAGUUAUAGCUGCUAUUCUUCAUCUUGGAAACAUUAACUUCGCAAAAUCAGAGGAAGAAACUGAUUCAUCGGUUCUAGAAAAUGAAGAGUCCAAGUUGCAUCUCCAAAUAACAGCAGAACUUCUCAUGUGUGAUCCUAGUGCUUUGGAAGAUGCACUUUGUAAGCGUGUGAUGAUUACCCCAGAGGAAGUUAUUAAAAGAAGUCUUGAUCCUCUUGGUGCAACGGUUAGCAGGGAUGGUUUAGCCAAAACACUAUAUUCUCGUUUAUUUGACUGGUUAGUCCAAAAAAUCAAUGUCUCAAUUGGGCAAGACCCAGAGUCAAAAUGUCUCAUUGGUGUUCUUGACAUAUAUGGCUUUGAAAGCUUUAAGAAUAACAGUUUUGAGCAGUUUUGUAUUAAUUUCACAAAUGAAAAGCUGCAGCAACAUUUCAACCAGCAUGUGUUUAAGAUGGAACAAGAGAGAUAUACAAAAGAAGGAAUUGACUGGAGCUACUUAGAAUUUGUGGAUAAUCAAGAUGUACUUGAUCUAAUUGAAAAGAAACCAGGUGGAAUCAUUGCUCUUCUUGAUGAAGCUUGUAUGUUUCCCAAGUCGACCCAUGAGACAUUUGCAACAAAGCUUUAUCAGACAUUCAAAGAUCACAAACGCUUUAUAAAGCCAAAACUGGCACGGUCAGACUUCACUGUUGUACAUUAUGCAGGCGAGGUCCAAUAUCAGUCUGAGCAGUUUCUUGACAAAAACAAGGACUACGUUGUUCCUGAACAUCAAGACAUGCUAAGUACUUCGAGAUGUUCAUUUGUAACACGACUUUUUCCUCCACUUACUGAGGAGACAUCAAAAUCUGCUAAGUUUUCUUCUAUUGGUUCUCGUUUUAAGCUACAAUUACAACAAUUGAUGGACACACUCAAUCUCACAGAGCCUCACUAUAUUAGAUGUGUGAAGCCAAACACUGUUUUACAACCUGCCAUAUUUGAUAAUAUGAACGUCAUCCAACAAUUGCGCUCUGGCGGUGUUCUUGAAGCAGUAAGAAUUAAGAUUGCUGGAUUCCCAACCCACAGGACUUUUCAGGAAUUUCUAACUCGAUUAGGCAUUCUUGCUCCAGAGGUUCUUCGUGGAAACAUCGAUGAAAAGGAAGCAUGUAAAACGAUAUUGGAGAAGGCUGGUCUGACAGGAUAUCAGAUAGGGCAAACACAAAUAUUCUUGAGAGCUGGUCAGAUGGCUGAGUUAGAUGCUCUGAGAGCACGUUUACUUUACGGUUCUGCAACAGUUAUCCAGAAGCACACUAGACGUUAUCCUAGACGGAAAGAAUAUGUUGCAUUGUUCAAGUCCUCUAUCUUUAUGCAAUCUAUUUGUAGAGGUGAACUGGCUCGGAGAAAAUUUUAUCACCUGAGGAGGAGCAAGGCUGCAGUCAGAAUUCAAAAGCACACACGUGGAAAACUUUCCAGAAAAAAAUACAGCAAGAUAAAGGUUGCAGCUAUAUAUUUGCAGGCAGCCUUUCGAGCAAUGGAUGCUAAGGAUAAAUUAAAUAAAUUAAGAAAUACGAAGAAAAAUUCUGCAUCAAUCACUAUUCAGUCAUAUUAUCGCCGGCAUAGAGCUCUCUUGGAAUAUAAAACCCUUAAGAAAUCAGCAAUCAUUUCACAAAGUGUCAAUGAUUCCGUGGAGAAAGACGAAGACAAGGGUUUGGGGAAUUUAGUGGAUAACAAAACUAUUUCAGUUGAAGCAGUUUCAAAUGUUGUCCAAGAAGAACCCUCAAGUACUUUCCAAGAGGAACCCUCAAAUGCUAGCCAAGAAGAACCCUCAUGUACUAUCGAAGAAGAAAUGUUAAAUGCUGUCCAAGAAGAACUCACAAUUACUUCCGAACAUGUUGAAAGAACUGAAGCUAUUAGGGAAUCCCAUAGUCCUUGUCCUUUACAAGGAAGUGAAACGGUUGAAGUUCUUACUGAAGAAAUAAAAAAGUUAAAGGUCAUGUUGCAGGCAGAAAAAGUAAGAGCAGACGAAUGCGAAAGGAAAUAUGUAGAAGCUCAAGGAUCAAGUGAAGAGUUACGGAAAAAGUUAGCAGAAACUGAAAAAAGAGUUUAUCAACUUCAAGAGUCAUUCUUCCCCCUUCCCCAUCUCUUCUCUAUAUUUUACGUACUUUUACUUGACUGUGGUGGUAUCUUUCAACUGUGUAUAGAACUUGUGUAA